GAAGCAAGAUGUGUUUCUUGUUCAAGCUAUCUUCAAUUCUCUUACUUGCUGGAGUCUACGCAGAUUCAGUAGAGUAUUUUCCAGCAUACGGAAUAGUUGGGGAGAAUCCUCUUGGAAAUCUCGAUGACUUGGAUUCCGUUGUACGAGAUGAAUCUUCAUUAAAUGCACUUUCCGGGCAAUCUUUGAAUUUGAUGAGUCAAAAAACUUGCUCCAGAUCACUGUUGACCAGAGGUCGUGAAGAUGUCAAGUUCAUGCUUUACAACAAAAACUAUCCCUUCGGUUUUGACAUCAGCGACGACUUGGGUGAAGGAAAGUUGCUUCCUCGUACCCCCAUCAAAUUCCUCAUUCACGGAUUCUUGAACGGAAAAAACUCGGAAAUGGAAAAGACCGUUAAAGAUGCUUACAUGGCACGAUCUGAAGACUACAAUGUCAUUGCUGUUGAUUGGACCAAAGGAAGUGGUAGAUGGAUCUCGGACAGUUACGAUUGUCUUGUUACAGCUCGUGUUACUUCUAAAGUAGCUGAUGCUGUUGCCUCUUUCAUUUUUGAUCUUCUCAGCCGCCAAGGUGUCAAUAUCUUGUACGUUAAUGUCAUUGGUCAUGGUUUGGGUGCACAAAUUGCCGGAGUUGCUGGCAAAAAGCUCAGACAAUUGGGACAAACUCUUCCAAUCAUCGUUGGACUUGAUCCUGUCUUGCCUGGCUUCCGUGAUGUGUCUCCCAUGGAUCGUCUUUCCUUCACUGAUGCCGAAUACGUUGAGGUUAUUCACUCAAGUCCUGGCGAUUUGGGCUUCGAAACUCCCAUUGGAACAGCAGAUUUCUAUCCAAACUACAACAUGCAACGUGGAAAUCGUCAACCAGGUUGCUCCAUGCCAGCUUGUAGCCAUGCACGUGCCUUCGAACUCUUUGCUGAAUCUAUCAUGAAUCCAACUGCCUUUGAAGCUAAAAAAUGCUCGAAUUACGAAGCAUUGAAACAAGGCGAAUGUCGUGAGAACACAAGAUCAGUCUACAUGGGCGGCAACGAUAUGCGCGUUGGCAAGCAAAGUGGCGUCUUCAAGAUCGAAACUAACAACUAUUCGCCCUAUGGAAAAAGUUUCCGCAUGUAGACACUAUGUCCACGAAGAUGAAAGUAACAAAUCAAAUUAAAACAAAGUUCAUUAUUUAUUUAGACUUUUUUUUCUCUCGUUUGUCUUUCGGAUGAUCAGAGAGAAAAGU